AUGGCUACUCCCGCCGCGUUACCGCCGCUUCCCUUUAACCCUGCGAGGGUACGGUCGUAUCUUCUUCGUUUGCCUCUCUUUACACGGCUUGUGGUGCUGGCAAUUAUCGUCUUUUGGCUUCUUGAGUUACAAACAGUAUGGAGUGUGGUGCAAUGGGGUGCUUUGGCGCCGGAUGAGAUUGGUUUCGGCAGCAUGUAUCGCCUCAACACCUAUCCAUUCAUUCACAAUGGCUUCUUCCAUGCCUUUCUGAACUUGGUAGCACUUACGCCAUUGGUCGAGCGGUUUGAAGCCGAGCAUGGCACGUUGACUGCUGUGGCAUUGUUUUUGGGGCCUCUUUCUACAUUCCCUGCAGGCCUCUACCUUCUGGUCGAGAAAUUCCUUUUGCAUAGAAAUACCGCCGUACUUGGCGCAAGUCUCGGGAAUUACAAGAUCCCUACUUGGACAUCGCCCUUGUUUGCGUGCAUAGUUGUUUCGAUCCUUAUGUCUAAUACGAGCUUCCUUGGCCAUUUGUGCGCUAUUCUCAUCGGCUAUUUGUUCGGCCUUGGGUACCUCAAGGUGUUCGUCCCUCCCGAGAAGGUCCUAAGAUGGAUUGAAGGAAAACUGAACCUGUUGGGUCGGCUACCACACUAUGUCUCUGUCGACCAAAAGACGUAUGGCCGAUAUGUAAUCAUGUGUUAUAGUAGUCUUGUGGGGGAGGAAGUUUUUUGGCUCAUAAAAUGCAUUAGCGUUGUUUUUUGGCAUGACGUGGACGGCCGACGUAAAUAA